AUGGGAUUAGCAGUGGUCCUACCUCUACAGGAGCGUAUAGCGCCGCCCCUAUUGCUCCGUUUAGGGCGCAACUCUUACGUUACUGCAUCAGGCUUCUGGUCUUUUGACACUGUUCGAUUACAUCAUCUUCGACCACCCAGGUUCGGCCGAUAUGACGAUUCGCCAGUGAACUCCAAACUCAAAGGAAACCUAGGAAAUAUGACGUCAGUGUCACCAAACGUACUUCAGACACCUGAGUCAACCAUAGAAUAUGCAAUUACUAAUCCUCGUAUACUAAAUGUAUCCGAGAUGCUAGCGGAGCAAAAUAUGCAGGCGCUUCAACAAUCAAAUCCGACAUUGUUCAAAACGCUUGAAGUGUUUUCUUAUGGGACAUUGAAAGAUCUUCCGGAAGGGGUUAAUCUACCUCCUGCAGCAAUUCAAAAAUUGAAACAACUUUCGUUGAUUACGUUAGCUGCCAGCAGUACGUCGAAUAGACAGCUUCCUUAUGCGGAAGUUAUGCAGUACCUCGGUCUUGGUUCCGUCCGUGAACUUGAAGAUAUAGUUAUUGAUGCGAUCUAUAAUAAAUUAAUUAAAGCUCGACUAGAUUCGAAGGGACAGUUUGUUGAGGUUGAUGACUGGGCAUCUCGUGACAUUCCUGUUACCAGUAUUGCAUCUAUCGUGACCACACUGACCGAAUUUGCACAAAGUGCUAAUGAUGUCCUCCAACAGACACUGGUGGAUGCAGAUCGUCGCGACGCCCAAGUGAUGGCCGACCGAAAACGAGCGCAACAAGCGGAGGCGGAUUUGCUGGCCGCUCGUAAAGCGCUUGAUGAAUCUAUGUUGGCAACGAUGAAUUCGCAUGAUCAGUCUACAUCAACAAGAGCGAAAGCAACUCGUUCAGCAAGACAGCGUCCUGGUCCCACCACUCCAGCCAGCAAGUAG